GGCUUGGGCCGGGCAGCCAAUAGGCAGGAAGAGCCGGCGGCGAGCGGCAGGAGGCGGGAGGUGAGAGCUGGAAUGGCAGCAUCAGCGGUGGCAAGAGCAGGGUCAUCUGUUCUGGAUUUAGCUCAUUAGGACAUGGAUGAAGAAUCAUUAACUCACUAUGGGAAAUCAAACGGGGGCCUUUUAGUAGGAACAUCUAAUUCCUUUGCAGUUACGUUGGCAACUUGGCUUUCUUGAACGUUUCUUCUUUGUAUUCAUACAAAGCUUGAACCAUAUUGAAUCUAGGUUUGUGGAGUUAAAAAAAAAAGGCAGCAUGUCCUAUUGGGAAGAGCGUAUAUUUAUUUGCUUCUCCAGGAAUGCAGCAUUGUCGACAAACAGACUCAAAAACUGUUGAAAGUACCCAAGGGAAGCAUUGGCCAGUUCGUUCAAGACCGUUCUUCAGGAGGACACACCAGAAGCAAUCCUUCGUCAAAAAGCAAAAAAUUGCAGAUAGGAAUCAAAAUUUUGGAGCAGCCCCAUGUGGUCCUCUUGGUGGAUGAAAAAGAAGUUGUUGAAAUAGAUGAGAACGAGCAGAACUGCUGUUGGCAAUUACCAAUUGUGAGGAGAGAUACAGUAUAUUUAAAAGUAAAGGUAGACUGAGCAAGGGUCUCCAUAUUGAUGUCGGCUCACCGGUGAAAGUACAGCUGCGAUUAGGAGAUGAGAAUAUCCUGGAGUUGUUCGCUUCAGAGGGCCAUUAAUACAAGAAAGAUCACUCUCUGGGAUAUUUUUUGGAGUGGAGCUUCUGGAAGAAGGCCGUGGUCAGGGUUUUACUGAUGGACAGUACCAAGGCAAACAGCUGUUCAGAUGUGACGAGGACUGUGGAGUGUUUGUUGCACUGGACAAACUAGAGCUGGUGGAAGAUGAUGACAAUGAGCUGGAGAAUGACUAUGCAGCUCCAGUUGACUCAAUGCAGGUAGAACUUCCUCCUUUGGAGCUCAACUCCAGGGUUUCUGUGAAGAUAGGAAAGAAUAUAGAGUAUGGGACAGUUAUAUUCUGUGAUGUCUUACCAGGAAACGAGAGUUUAGGAUACGUUGUUGGAGUGGACAUGGAUAAUCCAAUUGGAAAUUGGGAUGGAAGAUACAAUGGACAACAGCUCUGCAGUUUUGCAAGUGUUGAAAGCACACUUCUCUUGCAUAUCAAUGAUGUUAUCCCAGAGGCUGUGUCUCAAGACAGGAGACCUCCCAAACUUGCCUUUACAUCUAGAAGUGGCUGUGACAAAGGAUUCAAUCACAGUAAGCCAAAGUCUACAGCUUUUGGGGGUUACCUAAGUGAAGUGGUUGAAGAAAACACUCCCCCCAAAAUGGAAAAAGAAGGUCUAGAAACAAUGAUCGGAAAGAAGAAAGGAAUUCAGGGUCACUAUAACUCCUGCUACCUGGAUUCCACCUUGUUCUGCUUGUUUGCAUUCAGCUCUGUUUGGGACACAGUCUUGCUUAGACCUAAAGAGAAAAAUGAUGUAGAAUAUUACAGUGAAACUCAAGAGCUUCUGCGGACAGAGAUAGUGAAUCCUCUCAGAAUAUAUGGAUAUGUGUGUGCAACAAAAAUAAUGAAGCUGAGGAAAAUCCUGGAAAAAGUGGAAGCAGCUUCAGGGUUUACCUCUGAAGAGAAAGAUCCUGAAGAAUUCUUGAAUAUUUUGUUUCACCAUAUUUUGAGAGUAGAGCCACUGUUAAAAAUAAGAUCAGCUGGUCAAAAGGUUCAAGACUGCUACUUCUAUCAUUUUAUUGACAAGAAUGAGAAGGUUGGAGUUCCUACAAUUCAGCAGCUACUGGAAUGGUCCUUUAUCAACAGCAACUUGAAAUUUGCAGAGGCACCCUCAUGUCUGAUUAUUCAGAUGCCUCGAUUUGGAAAGGACUUCAAAAUGUUCAACAAAAUCGUUCCGUCACUGGAAUUAAAUAUCACAGACCUACUGGAAGACACUCCUAGGCAGUGCCGUAUCUGUGGAGGACUUGCAAUGUAUGAAUGCCGAGAAUGCUACGAGGAUACCGACAUUUCUGCUGGGAAGAUCAAGCAGUUUUGCAAAACCUGCAACACUCAAGUUCACCUUCAUCCCAAAAGGCAGAGUCAUAAAUUCAAUCCAGUGUCACUCCCUAAAGAUUUACCAGACUGGGAUUGGAGACACGGCUGCAUACCUUGUCAGAAGAUGGAGUUAUUCGCCGUUCUUUGUAUAGAGACAAGCCACUAUGUGGCUUUCGUUAAAUACGGCAAGGGGGACUCUGCCUGGCUCUUCUUUGACAGCAUGGCUGAUCGGGAUGGAGGACAGAAUGGCUUUAAUAUCCCUCAAGUGACUCCAUGCCCAGAAGUUGGCGAAUACCUGAAAAUGUCCCUUGAGGAAUUGCAUUCUCUGGACUCGAGAAGAAUUCAAGGCUGUGCACGAAGGCUACUUUGUGACGCUUAUAUGUGCAUGUAUCAGAGCCCAACCAUGAGCUUGUACAAGUGAAAAGUUUUCGACUGGAAGAAGGGAAGCAGCUUCCCAGCAACUUGACUGUGGCCCAAGAAGAUUCAGCAGGACUGUCGGCGCACUUGCUCGUGCAUCUGUUGCCGGCAAUGGAUGCUUCAAAGGGGGUGGAAAGCAAACGUCUAUGGCAAAAGAAGUGCAUAUUUUAAAGAAGGGGUGAAAAAAACCUUACAAUGCAAUGUUCUGUUGCUAAAGUACUUAAUAAGCAUUUUGCACUCUAGGAAGUGUGUGUGUGUGUGUGCGUGCGUUUAGGGUUUUUCUAAAAAAAAAAAUAAAAGUCUAAAUGAAGCUAUUAAAACGUUUAGGCUGCAUUUUCAGAGGAGUUGUGUACAUGGAGUGAAGUUUUAUGUGUUUCAAAAUUGCCUUGUGGAAUUUUCUGCAUAGACCUCAUCCAGGGAACCACAAAGCCUAAGGGAGAGGACUGUAUUAAUAUGUGUGUUUUCUCCAGCAUUGUAUAGGUUGUACAAUCAAGGCACUUCACCUCUGUAAUACACUGGAUGCUGGCCUGAAUCUUGGCA